AUGACAGUGAUUCCAAGCGAUUUUUUGAUUCUACACGUGACGCCCUUUCCAUCAGCUCAAAAAGAGGUAGGCCGAUGCAAGUUGGUCAAAGUCAGAUUCCCAGUCUCCAAAGAAGUCCGCGGAAAAGAAGCAUUUCAAAAGGGUUUAUUACUUAUUUUUUUAUCGUCAGAUCAUUUUUUAGUUCUUUACUCUUUAAGCUUCUAUCAAGCUCAACUUGGAAAUGAGGCUAUAUUCACAGAGAUUUUUAGGAGAAUGGAUCUAACCACUUUAAAGAGGAACGUGGAAUCUGGUGAAGUUCGUGAUUUGGCAGAAUUUAAACGGAGGCUUCUUCUAAUGUUUGCCAAUGCUGUAAUGUUUAAUAGCACGGGCCAUGAUGUAAACAUUUACGCGAAAGAAAUGGCAAAGGAUACUUUAGAUUCUUUAAAAGUAUAUUUUAAGCGUAUGCUUGCUUACUUUGUCGGUUUAAAAGAACUUCCAGAAGAGAAGGGAAAUGUUGACACUAAUGCGCAUAAAGUCUGUUCACUGAAAAAGAACAUCAGUAAGCUGAAGUAG